AUGUCGGACGAAACCCUCGAAGCUCUGCAGGCGCGACACCGCAAGGAACAACGUGAUCUCGUGUCGCGCAUCACCCAAAAAAAGAAGCAAGCCACGAAAAAGACCCGCAAAGGUGUCAACGACGAAUGCGAGCGCCUCGAGCGAGAGCAAAAAGAACGACAAGAACAGGAGCUGGCCAUUCACAACGGCGAAGCAGUGCCGGAGCAAUCCGACCCUGAGCAAUCACAAGAUGAAGACAACGAAGAAAUCGAGAACGCUCUUAAUAGCCUCUCUGUGACAUCUCCAGCCGCCCAAAGCCAGACCCCGCCCACCGAAAACGCUGCCAACGGCAAUGCCCCGCGCAAGAAACCGAACCGUGCAAAAGCCCGCCUGGCUCGCCGUGCCGCCGAAUUCGAUGCCAUCGUAGCCCAAGCCAAGGAGGAGGCAGCCAAUAUGCCCGAUCUUCGGGAGCAGGAGCGGAAACGGAUGGAACAACAGCUCUCGCGGCACCAGUUGCAAUGCAAGGAGAUUCGCGCAGAUGGGCAUUGUCUAUAUGCCGCUGUGGCGGACCAGAUGCAGGCUCGGGAGCUAGACUUGAAGCCGCGGAUCCAGAUCAAGGCCAUCGAGGACGAUAGCAUGCCUGUAUACAAGAAGGUGCGAUAUACGGCUGCGGGGUGGAUCGAGAGCAACUCGGAUGACUUUGCGGGGUUCAUGGAGGAGCCGCUCGACGAUUACCUGGCCAAGAUCAGGGACACGGGGGAGUGGGGUGGGCACAUGGAGCUUAUGGCAUUGGCGAAAGCAUACGAAAUUUCCAUCAAUGUCCUGCACGGCGACGGACAGAUAGACAAGAUCACACCAGGAGGCGAGCAGCAGGAUGCUGGAGAAGAUGCUAGGGACAUCUGGUUGGGGUUUUACCGACACAGUCAUGGGCUGGGCGAGCACUACAAUUCUCUGCGGAAAGCGCCUUGA